AUGUUUUACGGACCCACAGUCACCCACGGAAAUUUGAAAGGUUCACCUCCGAAACAGCCAGAAGAUGCUGGAUUGGAAAACUCGUUAACGGCAAACCCUGGUAACACAAGAAGUGUGGGUCUUUACAAAGUCACGGGGGACGCGGUACAAGCUGUAAUAGGCGCCAUAUAUUCUGGUAAUCUAUUUCCUCGUUGCAACCGCGUUGGCGCUGUUGCUGUAAAGCUUCAUGAUCAACGAUUUGUUGUAUCCCAGGCUGACGGCGAUAUUGAAAUAGGAUCAUCUCAGCAGUAUAAGUAUAUUGCAUUGCUCCUCGGCCGCUCGUUGAUCUUCUACCAGCAUAUAAAUACUUCUGACGCAAAGGCGUCUACAGGCAAACCAGAUCAAAGUUACCACGCAAGAUGA